CCUCUCCUCUCCUCUCCUCUCCAUGCCCUCUCGUUAAUCAACUUCUCUCCAACUCCUUUCUCUCUCUUCUCGAGUUUUCUUUUUCCGCAGCAGAGCCAGAGGAGAUGUUUAAGAACACAUUCCAGUCCGGUUUCCUUUCGAUCCUUUACAGCCUGGGGAGUAAGCCUUUGCAGAUAUGGGAUAAAGAGGUUGUCAAUGGCCAGAUCAAGCGACUGCAAGAUGAUGACAUACAAUCUAAUGUCCUCGAAUUAGUUGGGUCGAAUGUCCAAUCCACGUACAUUACCUGCCCUGCCGAUCCAACUGCAACGCUUGGUAUCAAGCUUCCGUUCUUGGUUAUGAUUGUUAAAAAUAUGAAGAAGUACUUCACGUUUGAGAUUCAUGUGCUCGACGAUAAAAAUGUCCGCCGAAGAUUUCGAGCUUCUAAUUUUCAAGCCGUAACAAGAGUUAAACCCUUUAUUUGCACCAUGCCCUUGAAGUUGGAUGAGGGCUGGAACCAAAUCCAGCUGAACCUCACUGACCUUACUCGACGUGCAUAUGGAACUAACUAUGUUGAGACUCUGAGAGUUCAGGUUCAUGCCAAUUGCCGCCUGAGAAGGAUAUAUUUCUCUGAUCGCCUCUACUCAGAGGAGGAACUCCCACCAGAAUUCAAACUAUAUCUCCCAAUGCAGCAGAAAGCCUGAGAGAUAUGGAGAAAAACUCUACCUUAUCGAUGGCCUUGGAGAUUGCUGGUGUAGAAUAAGUUAUUCAUUCAUGUCUAGAUAGCGAUUUAUUUGUUGUAAUACAUGCAUCUCAUGACAUGUAAGAAAUGCAGUUGACGUGGAUGAUUUCAAAGCUUGUUUUUAGUCUUGUAUGAGUUUUAAUUCUGGAAAAAAACAAAUUUUCA